AUGGACCAACGCGCAUACGACUGCCGACACCACUGCAACGCCAGCUACCCAGACAACGGGUGGGCAUCCAUAGCAAAAGCGGAGGUCUCUGUCAUCAACAGACUGCGCAAGUGUGAAGGAGCUCUCGUUUCGCUCAAGGAGCGUUGUGAGGACGUUGAACAUGAAGCACACCGAGCUCGCUUGAGCUCAUUGACUACUGAUGGUGGUUAUCAGAGACGUGUUGCUCCAAGCGAUAUGCUCCGCAACAAUACGUUCAUCAAGUCGCCGAUUUCGACUCCGCCUUCGUCGGAAAGUUCAUGGAAAGAUGAAGAGCAGCGAAUACUGUACGGAAAAGAUGAAGGAGAUGCGUCAAGCAAGCGUGGGAUCGCCCAGACACGGGCGCCCCCGACUGGGCUCUUCGAGCGCAUAAGGAUCGAAUGGAGGAAAUGUAUCGUGAGACCUUGUUGCUUCGUGGAAGAGCAUAAUCAACGAAUCAAGGAUGAGAAACAGAAGGAGGACAAGGAAUUAGAGAAUAUUCGUGAGCAACAACGUGACAGGGAAAAGGAACACGAUGCUUUGAUUGAAGAUCUGUGGGGUAUUCGUAGCUAA